UAAUCGAUGGUAAAAGGCACAGCACUAGUGAUUCAUGGCAGGUUUUGGUUCAUUGUGAAGCUGAUUUAGGGGGCGGUUUGAAGUGAGAUAUUCUUCAGACUUUGUCAACAAGUUUCCUCCUCCCUCUUUUCGGAGGAACAGUCACGGGCUGUGGAAACUUGAGCAAACUUCACUCCAGCACGGACUGGGAGGAAUAAUGGCUGGACGCGUGGGCACAAGUUUGCUGAAUUCUUUGGCCAGGGGAAACGUUGUCUUUAGGAACAAGAAAUGUUUGCGCAGAAGUGUUGCGUUCAUCUCACGGUGUCAUGCGAGGUCUCACUCUCAGUCCACCAGCAGCAUCAGCGCGGCUCAACCGGACCUCAGCUCGCAUCUCGCUGGAAAGACCUACGCAGAAUUAUAUGAAAUGUCAAUCAAAGACCCAGAAACUUUCUGGGGAUCCAUUGCCAAGGAAAGGCUGGCAUGGACCAAACCUUUCGAUCAAGUGACGCACUGUGAUCUCUCCAGCGGGAAAAUCAACUGGUUUCUUGGAGGGCAACUUAAUGUCUCGGAGAAUUGUUUGGAUGUACACGUGGCAAAGGAUCCAAACAGAGUGGCCUUGAUUUGGGAGAAAGAUGAACCUGGCACAGAGGAAAGGAUCACAUACAGGGAGCUUCUGGAGAUGACCUGUCGCCUUGCCAAUGCAUUGAAAAGUCAUGGGGUCCAGAGGGGAGAGAGGGUGGCCAUCUACAUGCCUGUGUCUCCCAUGGCAGUAGCAGCCAUGUUGGCCUGUGCCCGUAUCGGUGCUGUACACACUGUGGUGUUUGCAGGGUUCAGCUCAGAGGCUCUGGCUGGCAGAAUUCAGGAUGCCCAGUGCAAGUUUGUCAUCACAUGCAACCAAGGCGUUAGGGGCGGCCGUGUCUUCGAUCUGAAGUCCACAGUGGACAAAGCAGUGAAGAGCUGUCCGUCUGUCCGGCGUGUGUUUGUGGCUAAGAGAACUAACAAUAGCAUGCCAAUGGGAAAACUAGACAUUUCAUUAGAUGAGGUGAUGGCAGGACAGUCUUCGGUCUGUGCUCCAGAGCCCAUGGAUAGCGAGGAGAUGCUGUUCAUGCUGUAUACCUCAGGCAGUACGGGUAAACCCAAGGGCAUUGUGCACACACAGGCUGGUUACCUGCUCUACACUUCCCUUACACAUCAGUAUGUGUUUGACUACACACCUGGAGAUGUUUUUGGCUGUGUUGCUGACAUCGGUUGGAUUACGGGUCACAGUUAUGUGGUGUACGGACCUCUGUGUAACGGAGCCACUUCUGUUCUGUUUGAGAGUACACCCGUGUACCCCAAUCCAGGUCGUUACUGGGAGACAGUUCAGAGGUUACAAAUAAACCAGUUUUAUGGAGCUCCAACUGCCAUCAGAUUACUCCUGAAAUAUGAAGAAAACUGGGUGAAGAAUUAUGACAGGUCAUCACUGAAGACACUUGCAUCUGUUGGAGAGCCCAUUAAUCACGAGGCGUGGGAAUGGUUCCAUAAUGUGGUCGGGGAUGGACGAUGCCCUCUGGUGGACACAUGGUGGCAAACAGAAACUGGCGGUGUGUGUAUCGCCCCUCUCCCAGCUGAGCCGGGAGCAGAGAUCCGGCCUGCCAUGGCUAUGAGACCCUUUUUUGGCAUCCAGCUGGCACUGCUUGGGGAGAAGGGACAGAUAAUAACAGGAAAUGAUGUCAGUGGAGCUCUGUGCAUCAGCAAGCCAUGGCCUGGAAUGGCCAGAACCAUAUAUGGAGACCACCAGAGAUUCGUGGAUGCAUAUUUUAAACCGUACCAAGGUCAUUAUUUUACGGGUGAUGGGGCGUACCGCACCAAAGACGGUUACUACCAGAUCACAGGACGAAUGGAUGACGUCAUCAAUAUCAGUGGGCAUCGGCUGGGCACCGCUGAGAUAGAAGAUGCACUGGAUGAACAUCCAGAUGUUCCUGAGACUGCAGUGAUCGGAAUUCCUCAUGAGAUCAAAGGAGAAGUUCCAUUUGCAUUUGUAGUUUUAAAAGAAACUGCUACUGAGAACCAGCAGGCUGUUGUGGAAGAACUGAGACUUCUAGUGGCUACUAAAAUAGCUAAAUAUGCCGUCCCUGAUCAUUUCCUGGUUGUGAAGCGUCUUCCUAAAACACGCUCUGGAAAAAUCAUGAGGAGAAUCUUGCGAAAGGUCGCCAUGCACGACACUAGCAGUCUGGGAGACGUCUCCACACUGGAUGACCCCUCUGUCGUUUCAGAGAUCAUUGAGGCCCAAAAACACAAAAGUGAUGCAACUAAAAAGUAGAAAAAGACUGUUGGGAUGUUGCCACAUUUAGUUUGAGGAACUAUGAAUAUGAUACUGUGAUGACAAGGAAUCUGUGAAAGUAAUUCACAUGUAAAUGUGAGAGUAGCAACAAUGUUAGCAACACAGAAUGCAUAAAUUGCAGGUUAAAUGCUUUCAUAUGUAGUGAAACAUGCACAUGAAUCCCACCUAAACUGGAUGGUAUUCCCUCUGUAAGACUGCUAGAUGUCAGUUAAGGUUUGUUUAACUUGAACAAACAUCUUUUUAAACAUUAGUCCUGAGACGUUUUGCAGUGUUCUUCCUCCCUGAGAUUUGCUGUGGAACAUCAGUAUUUAGUUCUUGAGAGAUGAUUUUAUUUUUAAGGUCCUCAAUCAGUUUGUCCUCAGGUAAAUCUCACCUCUCUCAUAUAAGCCACUUUGGAGGUUUUAUGCCUUAAUUUCCUAAUGUUUAUGACAAAAUAAACAUGAUAUGACUGAUUAAUUUUCAGUCAGUAUCACUAAAAUGCCAUUAUAUGAUACAUGCUCUACAUAUAAGUGGAAGCCUAAAUGUUUCCAUUUAAUUCUGUGUAUUUUCUUAGAAUAAAAAAUCUUUAUUGUGAACAUUAAAAAUGUUUAAAAAUA